CAGGGCGUAUAAGGGGCGGUCCACCUGCCUUGGUUUCCUGGGCGACCACCGGGGGCUGGAUCGCGCCUCUGGCUCAUCUUUUCUGCAACCAUGGGGACCCCACCCGGACUGCAGUCCGACUUCGAGGUGCUGCUCAGCCGCUUCCAGGAAACUGAUAGCGUUCGCUUCGAGGACUUCACGGAGUUGUGGAGGAGCAUGAAAUUCGGGAGCAUUUUCUGUGGUAAAAUGAGAAAUUUAGAAAAGAACACAUUUACAAAAGAAGCAUUAGCUUUGGCUUGGCGGUAUUUUUUACCUCCGUACACCUUCCAGAUCAGAGUUGGUGCUUUGUAUCUGCUAUAUGGACUAUAUAACAACCAACUGUGUCAACCAAAACAAAAGAUCAGAGUAGCGCUAAAGGAUUGGGAUGAAGUCUUAAAAUUUCAGCAAGAUUUGAUAAAUGCUCAGCACUUUGAUGCAGCUUAUAUUUUUAGGAAGUUAAGAUUAGACAAAGCAUUUCACUACACAGCAAUGCCCAAAUUGCUGUCAUACAGAAUGAAGAAGAAGAUUCAACGAACUGAAGUAACAGAAGAAUUUAAGGACCCAACUGAUCGUGUAAUGAAACUUAUCACUUCUGAUGUUGUUGAGGAAAUGUUAAAUGUUCAUGAUCAUUAUCAGAAUAUGAAAAAUAAAAUUUCAGCUGAUAAAUCCAAUCCAGACAAAGCCCUCAACUUGAUAAAGGAUGACUUUUUUGACACCAUCAAAAACACAGUUUUGGAACAUCAAGAGUGGCACAAAGACAGGAAGAACCCAUCCUUUAACUCAAAAGAUAAAGAUGGAGAAGAGAAAAAAGAAGGAAAAUCACAAGAAACAGAGAGAUGUGAAAGGGCAGAAUCAUUAGCCAAGAUAAAAUCAAAGGCCUUUUCGGUUGUUGUUCAGGCAUCGAAGUCAAGGAGACACCGUCAGGUCAAACUUGACUCAUCUGACUCUGAUUCUGCAUCUGGUCAAGGACAAACCAAAGAAACUAGGAAAAGAAGAAAUAAAGAGACAUCAAAACCAAAAGGAAGGAAGCUGUCUUCCAGAGGUAACUUGCAGAAUAUACAUAAAGAAGAAAAAUCUUUAAGGCUCAGUAUGCCUGUAAUUACAGAAGAGGAAGAAGAGAAUGAAAGUUUUAGUGAAACAGAGUUCAUGGCACCAAAGAAGAAAAGAAAACACAGAACAAAGAGCCUGGUAUAGAAUUCUUAAUUUUGAGCUUCCUGACAAAGGGAAAAAUUCAUAUUUUAUGUGUUAAAGAAGAAAACUGCUGGUAUUUAAAAUAACUGCUAUAAUUGUAGGUUAGUAGUGGUAAUAGUAACUAUUCCAUUGAAAUCCUUUUAAUUGAAACUAAUAUUUAUAAUACAAAUGACUAAUUUGUAUCUAUAAUUUCAUGAUGAAUUUGUUUAUAUUGUAUAUUACUACUUUAUAUGAUGUUGAGUGCAUAAAGUUUUUGUGUUGCUUUAUUUUUUAAUACAUGAAACAUAUGGUCAGUAAUAUAUAACUUAGAAAGCACACUUUCUAUUUCUGUAAUCAAUUAAAUCUGUAGUACUUGUUUUAAAGUUUGCUUGUCUUAAUAUGAGGGUAAAUAUGUUUUUAUAUGUGCACAUCCAUGCCUGUAUAUGUAUCUAUGCCAUAUGAUGAUUACUCAGAUUAAGUAUAAUACUUAAAUACUGAUUAUUUCUAAUAAAACCUUUACGACUGGUAA